AUAAUUAAACCACGCCCUAAAACCGCCAUGGAUUCUAGCCAAGAAGCUGCAGAGGCAGAGGAAAGAGCUACUUCCAUUUCUGUCUCUGGGAUACCUCCAGGACAAAAAUCUCAGGCUCUCUUGAAGCGAUUGGAUGACUCAAUUGGCAAGACCAAUUACGUGGGGCUGUAUGGUAUUGCGUUAGAAUCAGGCUCAGGGCCUUACAUGAAAGAUGUAGAUGGAAAUGCUUAUCUGGACUGUCUUGCUGCAGCCUCCGUCAACGUCCUUGGGUAUGGUCAGGAAAAUAUAGCCAAAAGACUCUACACAGUGACAAGCUCCAUGCAAAACACUGGAUUCAUUUAUUCGCCUAAUACCCAUGCAGUAGAGUUGGCUGAGAAGUUGAUUAGCAUAACCCCUGGGGAUUGGCCGAAGAAAGUCAUACUUGGUCUGAGUGGCUCUGAUUCAAAUGGUGGAGCUAUUGAAGCUAUGCGUCGCUUUACAACCAGGAAAGGUGUAAUACAUUUUAAAAAUGCUUAUCACGGGUCAACAGGGUUAUCACAACAGGCGAGUGAUUUCGGUUUGCUUAACAAAGGUAUUUAUCUGAAAACACCUUUCUUUGCAUCUGUUAGCUUCCCAACCACAGCUGAAGAGGGAGAGGCUACACUUAAAAAAAUUGAAAAACUCCUCUAUUCUGGUAUUUAUGGUGGGUUUAUAGCAGAGGUCUUUCAAGGUGAUGCAGGUGUCAUUCUUCCACCUCCUGGCUUCUUUUGUAAUUUAAAAGCACUCCUAGAGAAAUACCAAGCACUUUUGAUUGUGGAUGAAAUACAAAGUGGAAUGGGUCGUACUGGGAAGUGGUGGGCUUGUGAGCAUGAGGAUAUUGCUCCUGAUAUAAUAGUGAUGGGUAAAGGCUUGGGAGGAGGAUUUGUACCCAUAUCUGCUGCUGUUGGAAGGAAAGAAGUACUCGACUCAUUGGACCCAGGCCAACAGUUGUUUACUUUUGCAGGACACCCAACUGCUUCGCUUGCUGCAUGCUUAGUCAUUGAUGCUAUCGAGGAAAGAAAUCUAAUCAAAGGAGCAUUAAGAGUUGGUACACUUUUAAAGAGAAAGCUGAAAGAGCUUCAGUCUUGUUAUCCUGAUAUAAUCAUUGCAGUGAGAGGGAUGGGCCUUAUGAUUGGAGUCGAAAUAGAUACGAGCAGAGAAUUAUUUGAGCUAAUCUCAAAAGAAAGUAAUGCUGUCGUUUUUGCAACGAGAUGUGCGGAAAAGGGAAUUUACGUUGGAUACUUUGGAACAAAGCAUCAAGUAAUUAGAAUCGAGCCGCCAUUAGUUAUAGGAGAUCUUGAAGUCUUUGAGAUAAUAAGGAUCAUGAAAGAGGUCUGUGAAGAAGUGAUGAAUGGGGACAUCCCAAAGGAAACUAUUGACAAUGUCAAGAAGUACUCUAUAGGAUUGUAGCUACAUGCUACUACAAUUGAGUAAUUAUUUUAUAAGUAAACAUUUUUAGAUUUUUUUUUACCUAUUUUUGUGUGCAUUAAAUUUUAAUUGCUGCAAUUAUUAGUGUAAUGGCAAUAAUUUGAAUUAUUAUGUUUUUUGUAUUAAUCUGAUCUAUUUUUGAAAAAAAUAUGUUUAAAUGCA